AUGGGGAGAGCUUGUCGUGACUGCGAUGCUGCAGAUGAAAACGACGACGAUGGCUUGAUGCUCGAUCCGAUGCCUGCAAACAACCUUGUGGCUGAGCUACAGCACCAACUAGUCGUGCUCGUACCCCUCGAGGUUGGGCGAAUGAAGCGGCCUCGGAAGUUCUUGUCCGUGCCUCUCUGCUCGGCCUGGCCUGGCCUGCCGCUUACUGCACAGUUAUCAAUGCAAGCAAAGUUCCAGGCACAAGGCACCGGCACCGGCACAGGUACUGCUACAGCCACUGGUGCUGGUACAGGUACUUGCUACUGGAGCUGCGGAAAACGGGGUGCGGCUAGUGAAUCGACCGACAUCAAAUGUGGCUGGUGCCGUCCCAGUCACAUCAAACGUGUACUCUGA